AUGACCAUUGGAAAUCGAAGCGUAUGUGACACCGCCGGUUAUGAUGGCAGAGCCCGCGCCUCCUGCCCCCGCUCCCUCCUCAAAGCCCUCACCGCCGCCUACGUGGAAGCCCAAACCGUAGGAAACCACUCCUUCAUCUCCACCCUCGGCCGAUCCGCCCCCAACUUCCUCUACAUCGAAAACAACGCCGUCCUCGGCGACCUCUCGCACUCCUCCCUCGCCGUGCCCAUCAAUCCCGACUUUCACAGGUCAAUCCACGAUGUCGAGCAGUGCGCUUCCGUCACUGAGAUCAUUGCCGCUACGCAGGAACAUCCGUAUGUUUUGCACACGCGGAUUAUCUGGCAGGCUACACCCGAUAAUCUAGCGGUCACGGGAAUAAGCCUGAUUGAAUCGGUGGUUACGGACGAGGGGGACUGGCUUUUUAACGCGACUGGGACGUUGGAUCUGAAUAAAGGGGAGAAGUGGGAUGUUAUUCCGCUGGCGGCACGGGAAUCGAGGGAACAGAUACAGAAGCUAGGGGAUUGGUAUUUUGAUCGGUUUGGGGAUGUGGGGAGGGGGGAUGUACCGUGGCAUGCUGAGCCUUGCUAUCGGUUGGAGGGGGGAUUGCCGGCUAGGGGGACGAAGAAGGGGGAGGAUUGUAUCCAUGUUAUGCCGGGGGGGAUCAAGGUGCCGUAUAGACGGUAUGUGGUUGAUGAGGAGAUGGGAGCGGUGGAUAUUUUUAUGGGUUUUCCUGGGUUGGAUAGGACGCAGGGACAGGCGCCGAUGCCAGAUAGCCAUCUUUUUAGGGUGGAGGGGGGGAAGGUGAGGUAUUGUCAUACUGUUAGUGCUUGUGUUGAGAGGGGGUGUGGGAUUGGGGAGAUAGAGUGGCCAGAGAGGAGGUAG